UCGAAAGUUGAUAUGUGGCCAGAGUGGUGGGCUUGGAAGGAAUAAACCUUGAUGGAAGCGCGCACACAUGGAGGGAACAGACAUGAGAGUGGUGGCAUUUCUGCAGAUAAUCUGGUAAGCACGGCCACAUUCAUAACAUAACCUCUUUCCCUUUUCUGCAUCUCCCUCUCCAUAUUUUCAUGAUCAUGACCCGCGACAAUGGAAAAUCGCCUUCCCCCACUCACAAUUCACAAAUUUCACAAGUCACAUAUUUUCUGUAAACCAAACUAACCCAACUUCUCUCUCCAGAACCUUUUCUUUUUCUCUUUUGUUUCCAUAUAUCGCUCAGGUUCUCUCUUUUCGCGACCCUGUUGACAGAAACAUAUUCUCCAUCAUCUCUCCCUCCCUCCCUCCCUCUGUGUUCAAGAUAGGGACGAUAACACGGCCGACCCUCUCCAUUCAUGGCUGAAGCCACCAAGUACCUUCCCCUCGGUGGAGGGAACCUCAUCCCAGACAUUAUGAGCUUCCUCGCUCAUUUCAAGACCAGAAGAUCAGUACCCUUUGCCUAUGGCUUCAUGUUCGUUUUUGUUGCUUUCACUGUUUUCUUAGCCUUCUCUCCUUCACCAAAUGCUUCUUCUCCGGGGUUCACCAAUAUUUUCGCUACAAGUUCUGCGUCUGCUUCAUAUAAAUCUCAAUUCAAUUCCCUUUUCUACUACUUUUUCCCCAACAUUUCAUCUCCCAGCCAUCCCCAAAGCUAUCCCCUUCACAUCAACACCACUUCUAGAUCUAUUAAUGUCACUUCUUCAUCUCCCAACUCAAGUUCCAAACCAUCCACUUCCAAAACCCAAAGUUCUUUUAUUUCAUCUCAAAAUAAAUUUCCAGCCACAAAUCACACCGCAAUUCCCUCUUCUAAUUUUAAGACGUCAAGUAAUCGGACAUCAGUUUUGCCAGUGAAGCCGCCUCCCAUUGUGAAUAAGCAACCAUCCGGCGCUGUAAAUCAUACUCGCAGCCCUGUGAAGUCCAGUGAAAGUAAAGCAGUGAAGGCAAAUCAAUCCACAAAUGCUGCCGCCUCACCAAAAGUUUCGGCGUCUCCCCCUCUCCAACGUGUCCCAGUUAACCCGAAGAAGAAUCUGAGUUCAGUUGAAGGAGUGAAGGGUGUUGCGUCGAAUAAUUAUACAGCUUCCUUGGCGAAGAAGCAGGGAAAUUCGACAGUUACAGGACAUAAGAAUGAGUUGAUUGAGUCUCUGAUGAAAUGUGAUUUAUUUGAUGGGGAAUGGGUUAGGGACGAUUCGUAUCCUCUUUAUAAACCCGGUUCUUGCAGUCUGAUUGAUGAGCAGUUCGAUUGUAUUCAGAAUGGCAGGCCUGAUAAAAACUAUCAGAAAUACAAGUGGAAGCCUAAGGGGUGCAGCCUUCCGAGGUUGGACGGCCAUCGUCUUCUAAAUAUGUUAAGAGGGAAACGGUUGGUUUUUGUUGGCGAUUCCAUCAACAGAAAUAUGUGGGAGUCGCUAAUUUGCAUACUGAGAAACUCUGUCCAAAAUAAAAGCAAAGUUUAUGAAGCAAAUGGCAGGGUCCAGUUCCGUGGGGAAGCCUCCUAUUCUUUUGUGUUCGAAGACUAUAACUUCACCGUAGAGCUUUUUGUAUCUCCAUUCUUAGUUCAAGAAUGGGAAACCGCGGACAACAAUGGAACGACGAAGCAAACUCUUCGUCUGGAUUUGGUCGGGAAGUCUUCUGAUGAAUACAAAGAUGCAGAUAUUAUGAUCUUCAACACUGGCCACUGGUGGACACAUGAAAAAACUUCGACAGGGAAGGACUAUUACCAAGAAGGUAGCCAUGUGUACGAGGAACUUAAUGUUCUUGAGGCAUUUCGAAGAGCUAUAACAACAUGGAGCAGAUGGGUUGAUGCCAACGUGAAUCCAUCCAAGUCUGUGGUCUUCUUCAGAGGCUACUCUGCUUCCCAUUUCAGUGGAGGACAGUGGAAUUCUGGAGGCCAAUGUGACAGCGAAACAGCGCCUAUCGAGAACGAGAAAUACCUGACAGAAUACCCACCAAAGAUGAAGGUUCUGGAAAAGGUGAUAAAGUACAUGAAAACGCGUGUGACGUAUCUGAAUGUUACGAGGAUGACGGAUUUUCGAAAGGAUGGUCAUCCCUCGAUAUAUAGGAAGCAAAACCUAUCACCAGAAGAAAGGAGAUCACCGUUAAUGAUUCAGGACUGUAGUCACUGGUGCCUUCCCGGUGUUCCUGAUGCUUGGAAUGAGAUUCUCUAUGCUCACCUUCUUGUCAGACAAUAUCAGAAUCAGAAACAGAGCAAGAGACCUUGAGUUGAACCGCCAAUCACAUCUUUAUAACCUCAGCUCGUGCAGAAGCAGAUAUAAUACAUCCCACUUUUGUCCUAUCUGUUUCCUGGGCUUGGUAUAGCGAUAGUUUUUUUUACCCCUGUUAAAUGUUCAAAAUGAUUAUACUAUAUGAAUGUGAGGAUAUAGCAUAUAGCAGAGGCAAUAGAUGGUGAGGAAAGAGGAGACAAACAGUCAGGUGUCUUCUCGGGUCAUUGUAAAUUAAUAAUCCCCUCCAAUUCUUCUGUUCUUGUUGAGCCGGUA